AAAAUGUCUAUGACGUCAGGGGUGUUACGUAAUCGGCGGAAGAGACAGAAGAUACUGAAUGGUAUGAUGCUCGCGUUUGUCAUAUUAAACAUACAGACCGCAUAAAACAUCAGAUGUCCGAGGACGUCUAUGAGAAGUUCCUUGCUCCAGAGGAGCCGUUUCCACUGCUGUCACAGCGAGGAAACUUCAGUGAAGAUGCCACACUGGACGUCAGUGACUUUGGUUGUCAGUUGUCAUCGUGUCACCGAACAGAUCCUUUACAUCGCUUUCACAGCAGCAGGUGGAACUUGACAUCGUGUGGCACCAGUGUGGCGAGUUCUGAGUGCAGUGAGGAGCUCUUCUCCUCUGUGUCUGUAGGAGAUCAGGACGAUUGCUACUCCCUCCUGGAAGAUCAGGAGCUCACCUCCUUUGACCUGUUUCCAGAGGGCAGCGUCUGCAGCGAUGUCUCCUCCUCCAUCAGCACAUACUGGGAUUGGUCAGACAGUGAAUUUGAGUGGCAGUUACCAGGCAGUGACAUAGCCAGUGGCAGUGAUGUGUUGUCUGACAUCAUACCGAGUGUACCCAGUUCACCCGGCCUUGUUUCCAAAAGAAAAAACAAACUGCACCGGAAUCUGGAUGAGCUACCCUGGAGUGCCAUGACUAAUGAUGAACAGGUGGAAUAUAUUGAAUAUUUGAGUCGAAAAGUCAGCACAGAGAUGGGUCUUCGGGAGCAGCUUGAUAUUAUAAAGAUAAUUGAUCCGAGUGCACAGAUAUUGCCAACAGACUGUGAGUUCAUCAUUGAACUGAACUGCCUCACAGAUGAAAAACUCAAACAGGUAAGGAACUACAUCCGUGAGCACAGUCCGCGGCAGCGGGCGACCAUGGCACGUGAUGGUCGGAAGUGGAGUGUGGCGAGCAGCGGCAGCACUAGCGGCGUGAGUGCUCACAGCAGCAGUAACACCAGCAUGGUGAGCAGCUCUAGCAGCAGCACUGGAUCUACCGUAUCAAACUCCUCCACCAACAUCAGCCGCGCACACAGUGAUGGAAACCUGGCCACUGCUGCAGAGCGCAUACGAGACUCUAAGAAACGCUCCAAGCAGAGGAAGAUACAGCAAAAGGUGUUACGUAAGCGACAGCUAAAAGAUCAGAGACAAGCACGUAAGGAGAGAUUGAGCGGUCUCUUCCUCAAUGAAGAGGUGCUGUCACUCAAAGUCACAGAGGAGGAAGACCACUGCGAUGAUGUUGAUGUGUUGAUGUGACAAGAAUGAAUGAUUCAGUGUUCCUUCUAAGCCUCUUCCAUACAGCAUCAAUCACACAUAUCUCCGCCAUCAGCAGCUUUACAUUACGAACACAUCUUUAGUUAGAUUGACCAAGCUAAGUCUCUCCACAGCCAUAUCAACUGUCCGACAAAAAAUAUCAGGCCAAAAUGCAGUCUGACCCAAAAUUUCAUUUUUUGUUCAUUUUAUUGAUAAAGUAGGAUUGACUUGUAAGUAUGGAUGCUCCGAUCGAUCAGCCACAUCAAUAUGGGACUCUGGGGAAUACAGCCCAAAUGUUGUAAGACAACAAUCUUAAUUCAACAGUUAAGAUUGAUGCAGUGUGAGAGCUGUGGCGGAUAUAAAAAGCUUGUGCACAGCAUACGUUGUUAGCGGCAGCAGCUUCUCCGUUUCCGCCGGGGGUAGGCAUAUCACCAUAAGGGUUAAUAAUGACAUGGGUUUCAAGGUGAGGCAUAAUUCAAACAUCUUUUUAAAAUAAUUCCAGAGUAAAAGGCAUUAAUAUUAGCACCUGUUGAGUCUGCAAACAUGCAAUCUUUUCCCAUUUUCCUUUAAUCUCUUGCAUCAUAAGAGAGUGUGUUUUCUCCUCAUUAAAGCUCCAGAAGUAAUAGGUGAAAGAGCAACUAAUUUUUCCAACAUCCAGCAAAAUGAAAGAGCAGGGAGCAUAUUUUAAAUAUAAUUUUAUAUACAAUAUUAAGAUACUAUAAAAUUAUAAUGCUAUAUAUUAGGAUAGGCUGCCUGUCCUAAUAUAGAGAAUAUUUUGUGUAAACCUAUUUUUUUAAGGCAUAUAAAAAAACAUACAACUAUUUUUGUAUUAUUUCAAUAUCAAAUAACCAAAUUACAGUAAUUUUUCUCAGCAAAAACUAGGCAACAACAAUGGUAUUACCAACAGGGAAAUUUUGUUAACAGUGAUAGAGAGGAGAAAACUCACAUAUAACCAAUUAUGGCAGCGCUCCAUGUUAUCGGUUUCAUAUGACAAGGAAAUUGUAAUCAAUAUCGGCUAUAAAAAUCCUGAUCGGAGCAUCUCUACUUGUAAGCAGAGAUUGUGCUACAUACAAUCUUUACAAAAGCAACAUAGGCUGGAAGUUAAAGGGUUAGUUCUUGUCGUUCCAAACACGUAUGUCUUCCUGAAACAUAAGAAUGUGUUUGGCUGAAUGUUAGCCUCAGUCACCAUUCACUUUUAUUGUAUGGAAAAAGAUGCAAUGAAAGUGAAUGUUGACUGAGACUGUAAAUCCCUAACAUUCUGCCUAACAUCUCCUUUUGUGUUCCAUGGAGAAAGUCACACGGGUUAGGAACAACAUGAGGGUGAGUAAAUGAAAUAAUGUAUUUUUGGAUGAACUUUCCCUUUAAUAAAGAUUUAAAGAACUAAAGUGCAAUUGACAAGUGUGAGUUCUGUGAAACUUCAGUCAUGAAAACAUUUGAUAAAAGUUUUCAAAAGCUUAAAUAGCAUCUAUAACAAACUUAGAGUUUCCAUGUCAUUGUUUAGAAAAAUAUUGAAAUGUAUGAUAUUAAUGUUUGAUAUUAAUGUGUUUUAAAUGUGACAUUAUCAUCACAAACGCUGUGCUGUGGGUUUUUCAAUAAAAUAAAAAGUUCAACUAAACGAAUAAACAGCUAAACGACAAACAAAGAUACAAAUUGAGCAACAGUCAUACUGCAGCUAUUACAGAAUUGAGUCUGUACUUCAUCUAUCAAUAACAUAGAAAGACUGGCAUUGUUAGUUUGUUUUUUGUUUUUUUUCAAGUAUUGACUUGGUACCCAUGUAUGGGUACAUUUUACAUCCGUAUAUGUUAAUAGUACACCAGCUAGCCAAACAACUUUUUGGAUAAACCAGCAUGUCUCAAAUGUCUUUGCAUUUGAGAUUCUCCCUGUAGCAAAACUGUAAUGUUAAAAACUGAGAAAUAUAGAGAGUGUCUUAAUGAAUAUAUAUAAGAUUUGUGUUAAAAAGCCUUCAAUGUGAUAUCUGAAUUAUACUAUAUAAUUCAAAGGAACACAAGCACUGACAAAUUAUAAUAAUAGUUUACAGCACCAUCAGUCUGUUAGUGUGUCUUACUGUAUUAAUUUAAAUCAACUAUUAAGUUGAAAUCUUGAUUUAAAUAGUAUUUAAAAGCAUUAGAAGGACAAAAAAAGUACAUUUGAAUAGGUUUGUCAUAUACAUUCACAUGAUCAUUUGUUCAUAAUUAGUACAAUUCUAUUGUAGAAUUCUUGUUUCUAAAAGUAUAAAAGUAAGUUUAACUCAGGCAUAGAAGGAACACUGACAACUGAAGUCAUUACCUCCAUUGUAUAUCUACUUUUAAUUGAUUUUGAAAGGUCAUAGAAAUUAUGUUUUGAAACUGACAUUUAGGUGAAUAACAAAUGGUACAAAACUACAAUCAAGUGGAGUUUUGACUUGAAAAUAUUGCAUAUGCUCUCUUCAGCUAGUGUUUAUAGCAAUAAACAUCAAGGUUUGUUGUUUGCAUUUGUCAAUGUGCUAAGUUGGAGGAAUGUUAUACUUUGCUUAAAUUGCUUAUUUUAAUAAAUUUCUGCAUAUUAAACUGGAAGAGACUACUUGUUAAUGACACUGAAUGGUUCAGAGAUUUCAUUUGUCAUAUUGUAUCUUAUGUGUUUAGGUUAGGAUUUGUUUGCCUAUAGCACUACACUUAAUUUUUUUGUUUUUUUUUAAACCUUGCAUUAUAAAUAAACUUUAUAUAUAAUGCAAGUUUUAUAUAUAACUCUGUAUACAGAAAUAUUUGUUAAUGUGUCAGAUUUUUUCAUCAUUUUGCAAAAUAUUUGAAAAUGAAAAAUGUUUACCAAAUGUGAUUUUUUUCUUUGAUCUCCUAAAAAAGAAUUUAAAGGUGCUGUAAGCGAUUUUAGCGUUCUGAAGCUUUCACGUGACUGAGCCGUUGAAUUAGCUACGACCCCUCAUUCUAAAACCCCACCCUACAAUGAUCAUUUUGAGACCAAAAUCGAGCAAAAGAGCAGCACUGUUUGUUCUUGUGUUCAACAGUGGCAAUAAUAGCGCCCUCAACUGACAUACAUUAAGAAUCAAUGAUCUGCUUCAAAUGAGAACAAACAAAAUGAUUGACAGGUGAAAAGUGUCAGUGUCCGUGGACACAUUUUUGUUUGCUGUUUACAAAGUCUACAGCUGUCACAGAGACUGGUGAGAUAUCUUAGGACACUUGUUUCAUUAAUAUCUUUAAGGGAGUAUUUUUUGCAUACUUUUCCAUUAAAAAAUUGCUUACAGCACCUUUAAGGGAAUAUUCUGGGUUAAAAACAAGUUAAGUUCAAUCGACAGCAUUUGUGACUAUUGAUUACCACAAUUUAUUUUGACUUGUCCCUCUCUUUUGAAAAAAAAAAAAAAAAGUUUAAAUCUGGGUUACAGGGUGAGGCACUUACAAUGGAAGUGAAUGGGAGGGCCAAUUUUUUUUAUGUUAAAAUACAGUUUCAAAAUUAUAGCCACAAGACAUAAAGGAUAUGCACGUAAAAAAAUUUAGUGUGAUAAAAUUGUGUAACCUUUUCUGUGUAAAGUUAUGGCCAAUUUUACAUUUUCGUUUCCAUGGUGUAAUGUCAACAAAUGCUUAAACCCUAAAACGACUGUAAAAAUUGAAUUUUAAACAACUUUACAGCUCAAAUAAUACACAUGUUUUAAAAGAAGAAUUAAUGCAAGUGCUUUUAUAAAAUGAUAAGCCUCACAUUUCUGUUUAAACCCUCCAAAAAUUGGCCACAUACACUUUCAAUGUCCCCAUUCACUUCCAUUGUAAUAGCCUCACUGUAACCUCGAUUUUUGCUUUUUUUUAAAGAAAAAGAGGGACGAAUCAAAAUGAUUUUUUGUGAUAAUCAACAUUAUGCCACAAAUGCUGUUGAUUGAGCUUAUCUGGUAUUGAACCCGGAGCAUUCCUUUAAACUAAGAUACAAUGUCUUUAAAUAGCAAAUUGUUUAAAGAGGGCCAUUGUUUAUUGUUAGGCCAAGACAAUUACAUAAAUACUUUGAACCAGAGAUAACAUAAAUUUAUAAGUCAUACUAUUAUGAUUUAACUGC